CUCGAUGCAUAAAAUAUAUUUUCCCUAUGUACCAUUGUUUAUAAUCUGCUUGCAUAAUCAUACAAUUUAAUUUACAACAUUUAUUCUGCCUAAUAUGCUAAGCAUCUGCUUGUUACUUUAAACAUGACCGAGGAACCAAUUUACAGCUGAUGGAUCAGUCAUGUAAAAAAAGGCAGCUUCUUCCAGUGAUCAAUCUCUAAAAUGCUGUCCAUUUGUAAUCAUUUAUGUUCAAUGCCUUGUGUACAGCUGCUCAGCUGUUUUGUAGGCUUCUCAUCUGCUGCAGGGUCACGUCCAGAUAUUCAUUCACACAGCUCUAAUUUCAAAUGCAAGCUUUUUUGUUUCCUGAUUUCUUCUCUUUUCUCCUGUCCUUCUCUUCCCCCCUCCUCUUUUCAAUUACAGACAGACUGCUACAGCCUUGGUUGGGAAGCUAUCAGCCAGUUACACAUAUUUACAACGAGAGAAACGGGCAGACAAAAGGUGACAGCAUAUCAUCAUCAUGGCAUCAGGAGGUCUACAGUUCUUUGCUUUUAUUCUAGCCCUGUUCGGUGUUUUUGGAGUCAUUACAGCCACUUUACUACCCACUUGGAAGGUGAAUGCCGAUGUGGGUUCAAAUAUCAUAACAGCUGUAACACAGACGCAAGGGCUCUGGAUGGACUGCACAUGGUAUAGCACCGGGAUGUUUAGCUGUACCCUGAAAUAUUCAAUACUCUCUCUCCCUGUCUACAUUCAGGCUGCACGGACCACCAUGGUACUGUCUUCUAUCCUCUCAGUUUUGGGGAUUUGCAUCUCUACAAUUGGAAUGAAAUGCACAAAGUUGGGAGGGGACAAGGACACCAAAAACCACACUUCUUUUGCUGGAGGGAUCUGCUUCAUCCUUGCAGGAAUCUUUGGAUUAGUACCAACAUCCUGGUACACAAGAGAGAUCAUUUUAAAUUUUAUGGACCCUACAAUACCAGAGAGCAGUAAAAAUGAACCAGGAGGAGCUGUUUACCUAGGAUUCAUUUCAGCAGGGCUUCUGUUCAUCGCAGGUGCGAUCUUCUGCACUUCCUGUUUUAAAAAGCAGCAGGGACCAUGGAUUUACCCCACCAAACAACAGCACCUCCCGUGCACACAGCAAGAGAACAAUGCAGGCUAUAACCUAAAAGACUACGUGUAAAUAGAGUUAUGUCUAUCAGCUGCAGCUUUUUUGUGCCAAGUUUGGCUUUGUUUGUUUUAGAUUAAAGGAUAUCUCAAAACAAUACUUAACUUUUCUUAUGUCAGGGCUGCAAUUACUUUUUUGCAAGGUACUUUUAUUUUUAACAAAAUCAGCAGAGAGAAAAACUGUAGGAAAUAAGUGUAUGGUUCAGAGUUUAUUUCUGCUGAUUUUUCAAAUCAAGUUUUCUUUGGUUUCCAAACUGAAAUUUACUGAAGAGAAAGGAAUCAUUUAAAACAGGGUAAUACAAUUAACCUGAAGGCUAGGUACAGCAAAUAUGCUUGAAAAAAAUCUAUUCAGCAAAAUCAAGGCACUAGUAAUGUACCCACAUGGGUAUUUUUUUCCCCUCAGAACCUUGUUUAAAUUAUAGUGAAAACAAAACCAAUUCUCCUUUUAUGCGAGCACAAUUUAUUGUUCUUAACAGCCACAUCUGCAUUUCAUUUCCAGUUUUUAACUGCCAUGGUAACUGGCUUUCUUAGA